AAGCAAACACGCACAUCGUAUCACGCGGAAGCCGAUUAAAUUCGAUGGAACACACUAUACUGAGUUUAACCGGACAAUUCAGACGUUCGUCAACAGGACGAACACCUUUCCGGAUUUUUUCGACGUGCUGAAAUGCUUGCAGCACUGUAACACACAGUACGGGUACAGGAUGCGGCGGGAAGAAAUGACAAAGAUUGCCCAGGAUGCGUUCAUCAAGAUUGGCAAGCUGCUACAAAAACGACGCAAGACUGAUCUGUACGAGAUGGUGUCUUACUACAGUGGAACGGACAAGGACCCGGCAGUGGUAGACAAGGGAUUGCAUGAGAAACUGGAGGAGAAUAAGAAGCACUAUGGGAAAAUCGGAGACAUUAUCGACAAAUUCGCCAGGGUGCAAGACAACGAUACGGACGAGGAAGGUGAGCCUAGCCAUAGUUUCAAAGCCAUCUAGUAGCAAGGCAGAGACGGUCGUUAGUAGUAAGGAUACAACAGGUGAUUCCAAGAAAGCAACGUUCCUGCAUCAUCUUCUACGAUAAGUCAGUUUGAUACGUCCUCCGAAGACCCUCCAGUGGUGGUCGAUCGAUCUAGUUCUACUGCUGAAACCACAGAAAAAGAAAA